GUUUGUGGAUCAUAUCCGUCCAUGUAUGCUGCUCUGUUUUGUCAGAUAUGUCAGUUACCAACUGGGUUUGUGAAUGCACACAUUGAAUUGUUGAUUCUAGUACUGAUUAUGUGUAUGCAUAAUAGAAUUUUUGUUUCUUGAAUUAAAUAAGUUGUUCUGGAACCUUAUUACUCCCCUCAAUUUAUGAAAAAAUAAAUUAUGUAACUAACAAUUAUGUGCCACUUUUCAAAGGAUAGGAUGGCAAACGACCGUAGUUGGAUGUACACUGGGCGUAGGAAUCGGUAUGAGAUUAGUGAGGAGUGGAUGCAGAAAACCACAGAGUUUGUGGAUCAGGCAUUCGCUAGAGAAUCUCAGGACCACGUGCUUUGCCCAUGUAACUAUUGUGGGAAUUCAAGACCCCAAAUGCGCCAAACAAUGGUCUCACACCUAUGCAAGCAUGGAUUUUGCCCAGAUUAUGAUGUGUGGGUAUACCAUGGAGAGACUGGGCAGGUUCGAGAGGAUGUGGUGAGGCAGCAUAUUGAAGAAAUGAAUGACCAUGAAGCUGGUAGGUUAGAUGACAUGAUAGAUGAUGUUCGUGAUGCAUAUGUCUCUGUUGGAGAUGAGGAGCCAGAGCCCACAGCACAAGCAUUCUAUAAGAUGCUGCGUGCAUCAUCUCAGCCUCUCCAUGAGCAUACAACAGUCUCUCAGCUAGAUGCAAUCACUUGACUUCUAGCAGUCAAAUCACAAUAUGGCAUAACCAUUUCAGGGUUUGAUGCAUUAAUUAGUGUGCUAUGCACAAUCCUCCCUCAUGGUCACAAGCUACCACCCAACCUUUAUGAGGCAAAGAAAUUCCUAGGUGCAUUGAACAUGCCUUACGAGAAGAUAGAUGUGUGCCCGAAUAAUUGCAUGCUCUUCAGGAAGGAAAAUGCAAAUAAAGAUCACUGUGAUAAGUGUGGUCAAUGUAGGUAUGUGGAGGUCCAGGGCCGCGAUGGUCAGAAAAGACAACUUAACAUUGCAAGGAAGGUCCUCCGGUAUUUACCUAUCAUUCCUCGACUUCAGCGACAAUACAUGUCCGAGAGUCAAGCCAAACACAUGACUUGGCACAAGUAUGGCCAUCGAGACCACCCUAACAAAAUGGUUGACCCUUCAGAUGCUGAAGCAUGGCAGCAAUUCGAUAAAGACUUCCCUGACUUUGCUUUAGAUGCACGGAAUGUUAGGGUUGCUAUAGCAACAGAUGGGUUCAAUCCAUUUAGUAUGGUAGCCUCACCAUAUAGUUGUUGGCCUGUGUUUGUCAUUCCCCUAAAUCUUCCACCUAGCCUUAUAAUGCAAAAGAAUAACAUCUUCCUUAGUCUACUAAUCCCUGGACCCAAAUAUCCUGGGAAGAAUUACAGUGUAUUCAUCGAGCCCUUGGUUGAUGAUCUCAUUUAUGCCUUUGAGCAUGGCGUGUUGACAUAUGAUUGGGCUACAAAGAAGAACUUCAAAAUGCGUGUAUCUUACUUAUUCUCAAUCCAUGAUCUUCCAGCCUUGGGGCUAUUUUCAGGUCUCUGUGUCCAUGGAAAAUCACCAUGCCCAGAUUGCAGAGAGGGUCUAAAAGGGAUCUGGCUUAAGUAUGGUGGAAAAUUCUCAUUCUUUGAUUGCCAUCGACAAUUUCUUCCAAUGGAUCCCCGAAAGUUAACCAGUGAUGAGGUCCGUGCCCAAAUAGAUCAGCUUGUCCCACUUGAUGAGGGUGGGUUUGAUAAAUUUGGUGAGGAGCACAAUUGGACCCACAUUCCUGGCUUGUCGAGGCUGCCAUAUUAUCACAAACUACUUCUUCCUCACAACAUUGAUGUCAUGCACAAUGAGAGAAAUGUCAUGGAGGCAAUUUUUAACAUGGGCUUUGACAUUAGAGAUAAGACAAAGGAUAAUGUGAAGGCUCGGCUUGAUCAGGCAGUGCUAUGCAACAGGCCAUCUCUAAAUAUGGUGCAAAAGGAAGCUACAGGGAAGUGGGUGAAGCCAAGAGCUGAUUUCUGCCUAACUAGACCACAGAGAAAGGAGGUACUCGAAUGGUUCGGACCUUGA